AAUAUCAUAAGACUGUAUGACGGCGUUAGGGACACGUCCCCUUUACGAGCAGAUAAAAUGGCCUCUGUUGUUGAGCUUGACUGGCAGUGUAACAGAACCUUGGUUCAAUGUCUUGAUUAUAUGUUGACUUCCGGUCUGGCUUGUGACGUCACAUUCCUGGUUGGAGAAGGCAAGGCCCGGCUUUCUGCCCACAGAACUAUUCUAGUGGCUAGAAGUCCAGUAUUCUACGCCAUGUUGGAAGGCAGACUAGCAGAGAGAGGGGAGAUAAUUAUUCCGGAUAUAUCGCAGGAAUCAUUUUCACUUUUAUUAAGGUAUGUGUAUACAGACGAUAUCAAGUUAACUAUCGCCAAUGUGACGCCAGUCUUAUCAGCUGCUCGGAAAUACUGCGUAGAUCAACUGGUGAAAAAGUGCGAGGAAUUCCUUCAGACCAACAUCAAUGCAGAAAAUGUGUGUUUGAUGCUGGAGAAUUCCCAUAUGUUUAUGGAGGAAAAUUUAAGACAAAAUUGUUUUCAAAUAAUUCACGAUUCAAGCGAGAAAAUACUACAAACUACGGACUUUACAGAGCUGUGUUGCGCAUGCGUGAAGAGCAUCACGGAAUCUGACGACCUAGCAGUGGAUGAGAGUUUGGUGUACGAGGCGGUGAUUCGGUGGUCGGAAGCGGAGUGUGGGCGUCAGGGUCUGGAGGUGACUGACAUUAACAGACGGGAAGUAAUAGGGGACAUCCUCUAUACUGUCAGAUUCCCAAUCAUGGAUACAAAGUAUUUUGCACGAGAAAUAUCAUUCCGAGAUAUCUUAACGACAAAAGAAAUAUCGAAUAUAUACAGGUACGAUAAAGACAACAUGUUUAACUUGUGUAAGUUUAGUGUGUCGAGAAGACACAAGAGGAAACCAAAAGAAGGCGAGUUCGAAUCUGUAACACGGUUUGGACGGACCCGGCGAGCUAGACGACAUAUAUGGAACUCUACGUAUGGAAGUGAUUCUAUUGCGUUCCGGUCCAACGAAGAUGUGUACCUCCACGGAAUUCUUACUUACGGAGCACAAGACGGCUGUGAGGAGAUCGUGAUAGGCGUUUACAAUGAGAAAGGGGAUACACUUUACAGGGGAAGUCACUCUCUCUCACACAAAACGUACUGUCAAGUGGUGUUUGAUGACGUCAUCAGUGUAUGUCGGGGUGAAACUAUUGACGUGGUGCUCCAUGGCGGUGUACACGCUACAGCGUAUGGCCUGGACGGCAAAUGUACUGUCCAGUUUCAGGAUGUUAUUAUAACUUUUUUAGAUAGCACAUCACAUCCCUGUGUAAGCACGAACGCGACCCAAGGACAAAUACCGGGAUUAUUGUUGUCGUUAUAGACAUUAAUACUACCGCGCGUGUGUACGAACGCGACCCAAGGACAAAUACCGGGAUUAUUGUUGUCGUUAUAGACAUUAAUACUACCGCGCGUGUGUACGAACGCGACCCAAGGACAAAUACCGGGAUUAUUGUUGUCGUUAUAGACAUUAAUACUACCGCGCGUGUGUACGAACACGACCCAAGGACAAAUACCUGGAUUAUUGUUGUCGUUAUAGACAUUAAUACUACCGCGCGUGUGUACGAACGCGACCUAAGGACAAAUACCGGGAUUAUUGUUGUCGUUUUAGACAUUAACAGACCUACAAUCGGAAGUAGACCCGACCAGGCUCCAGUUUCUUAACUCUCCCAUAAGGAAAUAUAAUGAAAUCUUAAGAAAGUU